AAGCAACCAUUUUAUAAAGUCAAGUGUCAUAUCACCUCGAUGUCUCCUUUAUAAAUCUCAAGGUGUAAAGAAUAAUACAUCACUCAUCCAUCAUCUUGAGAAAAAAAAAACAAAAAAAAAAUUACAAUGAAAUUUAAAAAUAAAUAAAACAAUUUAUUAUUAAAUUAUUUAAACAAAUAUCUUUUAUUUUUUAAAAAAAGACACCUUUUUUAAAUUAUAAAUUAAAUAUCAAUUUAAUUUAUAUAUAAAUUAGCUAAAAUUAUUGUUAAAUAAUAAUUAAUUAAUUUAUAAUUUUAAAAUAUUAAAUUUUUUUAAUUUUUUUUUAUUUCUUUUAUUGGUAUUAAUAAUAUUUAAUAUAUAUGUUUUAUUUGAUGAUAGUAUUUGUGAAUAUAUAUAUAUAUUGUGAUAAAUGGAUGGGUAACCCUUGGGGGUGGUGGAAGAACAGUGCCAACCAGUAACAUUGUGCAUCAACAGUGCUAUCCGAGCUCUCGAAGCCGUGGGGUCGCUCGGUCGACGUUUUUUGUGUUCAUCGAUUAAUACCGAGUGAGAAUUAAAAUCACUAAGACAGGAUGAGGGCGGACGUACUGAUCGCAAUACUCGGCGCCUGUUUUUUUCUAGGUCAUGGUGGCGUUGAUGCAUUGGAGUGUUAUGUGUGUAACAGCUAUACUGAUAGUCGAUGCUCAGAAAAAAUUCCUCACGAAUCAUUACUUCAAAAAUGUGAAUUAGUACCAGGUGCUGGUGCAAAGUAUACAAUGUGCCGAAAAACAGUUCAAACAAUUGAAUUUAGAGUCAAUGGAUUACCACCAGAAACAAGAGUCAUCAGAACAUGUGGUUAUGAUGAAUCAAAUUACAAGGGUAAAUGUUAUCAACGUGGUGGAUUUGGUGGAAGACAAGAAGUUUGUUCAUGUCUUACUGAUAAAUGUAAUUCAGCAACAACAGUAUUUAAUAAAUCACCACAAUUUAUUUUAAUGUUAUUAUGUAUUAUUGGCACUGCUGCUCGUACAUUUAUUGGCAAUUAAAUAUUGUUAAUAAAUAAUUAAAAAAUUGAAAUAAACAAAAAAAUAAAAAAUAAUAAAUGCCAACAUAAUGGCAUUUUAAAAUUAAACGCAAAUUGUGAAUUUAAAAAAUUAUUUAGAAAAAUAUGAAAAAAAAAAAAAUAUUUAUUUAAUAAUAAAUAUUGAUAAUAGUGAUUGAUUAUUUAAAUUGACCAAAAAAAUGCGUUAUAAUUUUAAAUGCUCAGAAUAAAAUUGAAAAAAUUUAAAAGAAGAAAUAUUGAUAAGAUGAAAAACAAAAAAAAAAGAUGUAUAAAUUUACCAACUAAGAUUUUGCUUAAUUUAAUCGCCGUUAUGCACAACUCAAAUCUAGCUAUGUAGCUAAAAAGUUAAUAAUAAUUGAAAUGAAAAAAAAAAAAAAAUAAUUCAGUUGUAUUAAUAUGUUGAUUAAUUACGGGCUAAUUUUUAGUGAUAAUUUCUUUAAACUGCCG